AUGACAACCAGAACAACAACCGAAUGGCUCCAAAGCUACGCUACCUCUAGGCAUGACUGGCACCACCGAAGCAAGAACGGCCAGUCGGUCUACUACCGUCGUGGGGGUAUCGUCGAGGGUUUGUUCAAUGUUGAUGGCACCGAUUUUGAAGGUCGUGCAGAUGUCGCCACGGAGUUCUUCGUCGAGUUGAGGACGACACUGAACUUGGAUGACCUGAAGAACCGGAUUCUGCUCGUCUGGAGCAUUUUUAGGCAGAAACAUGUCCUCUUGGCUUCUAAGGCUCUCAAAACCAUUGACCUUGAGCCAGACGACUCCGAACAAGACCUUGAAGACUACUUUUUCCUGUUCGAACCGAGCCCCCACCCGGAGCGGAUGGUAAAAGAAGCGAAAGAACAUCUGGACUUUGUCCAGGAUCAUUAUCCCGAUGUUGACGAGGAUGAAUUUUUCAAACAUGCCCUAAACACUGGCCGUUGUAUUGAUGCAUCUAAGGCCUUAAGCAGGCUCUAUGUGAUGCCAAUCAAGCCAAGUAUUCAGGGCGUCCAAAAUCUUCACUUCAUUUGCAUUGCCGCCCACGAGAUCACUGAUGGUCUUACUGUUAUGCGGUGGCUGUCUUCGUUCAUCGAUUUGUUCAACAUGUCUGCUCAAGAAUUAGCACGAGAGGCAGAGAGUCUCUGCUCUCAAUCACCGGUCCCAAGACUUCCGCCGGCACAAGAAACAUUAUAUCCACCAAUCAAGGGUAGUGCGGCAAGACAGCGAUGGUUUUGGCUCCUAACACGCAUACUGCGUCAUACCCGAAAACCUCCCCCAGCAUCUUUUCAGAAUCCUCUGAGAAGAAGGGUGGCGUUGGGUAGCCGCAUAGCCAUGGAGCCGAAGUAUCCUGAGUUCCUGAAUUAUUCACGAGUGCCACCGCUCAAUACAUUCGCUGUCCGAGCAGUACUCGGUCCAGCACCAACUCGCCGGCUGUUCAAAAUAUGCCGGGAAGCAGGCAUCAGUAUAGGAAGCGGAUGUUUUGCGUUAGUCGCUGUGGUCAUGAUGCUAAUGGAGGAACUGCGCGAUCCCCACGUUGCACAUCACAACCGCCUGCCCUUCGUCGGCUCCUUUCCAGUGAAUCCUCGACCGUUCCUUACUGGCAAGAGUCUUGUCGGCAAAGAGGACAGUUUGAUGUUGGCUUUUAGUGAUGGUGUCACACUGCCAUUCCUGUCCAGCGAUCUAGAUCUGGAGGGAAGAUUACGGCUGCUGGGGAAACAAGCCGACCGCCAAUUGCGCCGCUAUCAGAAGCGUCCAAGAUCUUUGACAGAAGAGGUUAAUUUGGGCUCUCGUAGUCCAACACAGCUUCUGCCAAUGCUGUAUCUGGAUACCAUGGAGCGGCUUCAAGGGAAGACUCGUGCAAGCAGAAAACGACAGUGGGAUAUCCAAGGAGCCUACCCAGCCAAGUCUAGCGGUAGUAUGGCGACGUGUGGCAUCAGCUCCAUCGGUGCGCGCCAUACCAUUAUACCGGUUGGAAAGUAUGAUACUCGAAGGAUCCCAGAGAACAAAGACAUGGUUGCCGACUUUCGAAAUUCAGAAUCUAAUGUAAGGGCGAGGGACGGGGAGUUUCUUGUAGGGGUGGUUGGCGACAAUGGUCAGCUGCGGUUCAAUGUCAGUUACGAUGCUUGCGCCAUUGAUCCCCUCCUUGCCGAUGAAUGGAAGAGGAUUUUGGAGACAUUGUUGGAGCCGGGGAGACCACUGAAGCUGUAA